AUGUACCGCCAAAUUCUAGUCCACCCCGACGACCACAACUUCCAGCGCGUGCUCUGGCGUCGCGACAACACGAGCGAGGUCCGCGAAUACAACCUCAAUACCGUGACGUACGGCCUCGCAUGUGCACCGUUCUUGGCGUUUCGGACUUUGCGCCAGCUCGCUGACGACGAGGAAUCCCGCUUCCCUCACGGGGCCGCUGCGCUACGACGGAACUGUUACGUUGAUGACAUUGUGUCGGAAGCCAACACAUUGUCUGAGGCUACAACUUUGCAGCGUGAACUUCCGCUGCGAAAGUGGGCCGCCAAUUGCGAAGAGACACUCACCGGAGUCCCGCAGGAACACAGACUCAUCAAGGCUCAGCACACCUGGGAGGAUGAGCAUCAGUCCACGCUUGGUCUUCUAUGGUAUUCGCGCAGCGACCAGUUCUCUUUCACGAUCAAAGCCCGCACAACCUCCGAGUACACGAAGAGGCGCGUCCUUACAGAGACUGCGCGUCUUUUCGAUCCAUUGGGCUGGCUGGCUCCAAUGGUAAUCCGCGCGAAGAUCUUGAUCCAAUCCACCUGGUUGCAAGGAUUGGAGUGGGAUGCUCCGUUUCCUCCCGCCAAACAACGACAGUGGCGGCUUCUCCUCGAGGAGCUUCCACAACUGGAGAACUUACGAAUUCCUCGCUGGCUUCAAACGGGAGAUGAAGCCUCAACUCUCCAAAUACACGGCUUUGCGGAUGCGUCCGAGAGAGGAUAUGCCGCUGCCGUGUAUCUCCGGACGUCUAACGGUGACACCGCGACAAUCCAUCUUCUGGCUGCGAAAGCUCCAACGUACUUAUGGUCCGACUCCAAGGUCACGUUACAUCUGGAUCCAGGACACGCAUCAAGGUGGAAAACAUACGUGGCCAAUCGAGUAGCUCAGAUCCAAUUGACGCUCCCAAACGCUCAGUGGAGACACGUUCCCGGCCGAGAAAACCCGGCCGACUGCGCGUCCAGAGGGAUAGCUCCCAGCGAGCUGGCUCACCAUGCCUUGUGGUGGACUGGCCCUGAGUGGCUCCGCCAACCCGAGCUCAGCUGGCCGAAGAAGAACCUGGAGGCGCCCAAGGACGAACCGCCCGAGAAGACAGCAACCACGCACCACGCCGCCGCCGUAGAAAUCGAGCCCGAGCUCCUGCUCAGGUUUUCCUCGCUGCACCGGCUUCUCAGGGUGACAGCGUGGUGCCUUCGAUGGCGACGCUCAGUCGUUCGCCUACAACUUCCCCGCGACGCAACACCAACGGUCCUUCAACCGGCCGAGCUCGACGAAGCUCUAUAUAGAUGGCUCCGCAUAGUGCAAUCGCUGCACUACCCCAAAGAUAUCGCCGCCAUCAACGCCAAUCGCAUCGUCUCACAUCGUAGCUCGCUCUCGAAGUUGAGUCCAUUCCUGGACGACAACGGCGUGCUGAGAGUUGGAGGACGUCUCAAGCAUGCCGUCUUAUCGAAUGACGAGCGGCACCCAAUGAUCGCUCCACCGGCUUCCUGGUUGACUCGGCUACUCAUAGAGUCGUGUCACAAGCGAACACUACACGGUGGAGUGCAGCUCAUGCUGGGCUUACUCCGACUCCGCCAUUGGAUUCCUCGGGCUUCAUCGCCCGACGGCCAGCGAAUCGCCAACGUCACCAACGCCAGCGGUGUCCGAUGGCAUUUUAAUCCACCCGCUGCGCCGCACUUUGGAGGACUUUGGGAGGCAGCGGUGAAGUCCACUAAGCACCACCUGACGCGGGUCAUCGGAGAAGCCACUCUGACGUACAAAGAAUUCAGCACCUUCCUCACUCAGGUGGAGGCCUGCCUCAAUUCCCGACCACUCCACGCAGUCUCGGAUGAUCCAGACGACUUCACCCCACUGACACCUGGACAUUUUUUGAUAGGCGCCCCGCUUCUCGCCGUACCGGAACCCUCACGAACAAAUCAAAAGGAGUCAAAUGUCACGCUGGCAACUGAUUCAAAAAAUGAGGGACCAUUUUUAGCUAAGAUGGUCCCAAGAAUACUUACACGGACUCACCUCACGACCUAA